AGUCGAUACUCGGAGGAAUCCACAAAUUAAAUCUUACCAAAGAAGGAGCCCAGGAGAGGCACAAAUUAUGGGCAUAGAAAAAUUAGAUGGCAUUCAAGAAGAACUAAAACAAAUGCCAGCAGCAUCAGCAGAAGCAGCAGCAGCAGCAGCGGACCUCUAACCGAAACAGAAGAGCCAGGCCAAGACGCACAGCAGAGAACCCAAAAAAAAAGAAAAAUAUAUAUAAAGAUCGAGGAAUUCAGACACUUGAAGUCGCCACCAGACAGAGCCGAACAGAACAGGAAGAGCAGCCAUCUCCAUCUUUAGAACCAGAGGGAGGCCCCCCGAUGGCGACACUGGAGCUGGACUACUUCAGGGCCGUGUCCCUCUACCGCCGUCGCUCCUACGAGCAGUGUGCGGAGCUGUGCAACGCCCUGUUGCAGGCCGGUCACGACAACAAUGUCCAAAUGUUUGCCACCAAAGAGGGGGAGCAGGAGGAGCACCAGCAGCAGCAGCAGCAGGCGGAGCUCGAAGGCAACAGCAACAGCAACAGCCGCAGAUUCGGUAGCAAUUUGCAACGUAUUGGCCCCAGGCAUGCGCAGCAGCAGCAGAAGGCCGCCGCCGUCGCAUCCAUCAUGAUGCCCACUUGGCUGAUGGAGGGCGUGUGGCAAUUAAAGAUGCGUGCCCUGACGCAGCGCGUCUACCUGGACGACCUCGAGGUGGAUGAUGCCGGCGAGGAAGAGGCCCACGAGGAGGUGGAGUUCGAGAGAAUUGCCACGGCCGCCCGACCCGGCAGCAGCAUCAAGACCGCAUUCCAGCCGCGACCAAGCACCAGCCAGCGCCAGACGCAGCGCAGCAGUCGAGGAGCCGGCUUGGCUCACUCCAGCGAUGGGCGUCUGAACAGCUCCAGGCCGGGAUCGGCGGCUGUGGCGCGCCCUGGUACGAGUCUCAGCCGUCCAGGAUCCUCGUUGGGGGCCAGGCCCGCGUCUCGCUGUGGUACAGCCUCGAGGGUGAGGGCUACAUCUGCGGCGGCCUUUAAUGUGGGCGACGCCACCUCGAAGCUUUACCAGGCCUCCCGUCUCAAUCCCACUAUCUAUGCGGAGCGGGAGACUCUAGUGAAGGCUCUGUUCCAGUUCCUUUUCUACCACGAGGCGGACGUGCAGAAGGCGCACUCCCUCUGCCGGGCGGUGCUCGAGGUGCAGCGCCAGCGACCCAGUGCCUCCGGAUCGGAGGCCACCCGUAUAGACUGGUGGUGGCAGCAGCAGAUGGGCCGCUGUCUCCUGGCCCUCCACUAUCCCCGUCGGGCGGAGCCCUGCCUGCAGCAAUCCCUGGCCGCCUUUCCUCAUCCGGACACGUAUCUGCUGCUGUCGCGACUCUAUCAGCGGCUCAAGCAGCCAGAACGGGCUUUGGUCCUGAUUGGGGAAGUGGUGGAUUUGCGUCCCUUCGAUGUCACCUACCGUCUGGAGCAGGCGCGCAUCCACCAGGCCAUGCAGCGGCAGGAGGACUCGCUGCAACUGUAUCGACUGGUGUCCCGACUGCAGCCCAUCAAUGUUGAGGCCCUGGCCAGCAUUGCCGUGGGCUACUUCUACGACAACAACCCGGAGAUGGCGCUCAUGUACUAUCGCCGCAUCCUCUCGCUGGGCGCCCACUCCGCGGAGCUCUACUGCAACAUAGCCCUGUGCUGUCUCUACGGCGGACAGAUCGACCUGGUCCUGCCCUGUUUUCAGCGCUCCCUGGCCAUGUCCACCCAACCAGAGCAAAAAGCCGAUGUCUGGUACAACCUGAGCUUUGUGGCGGUGACCUCGGGGGACUUCAAUCUGGCCCGUCGCUGCCUCCAGCUCUGUCUCACUUCGGAUGCCCGCAAUGGAGCGGCCCUCAACAAUCUGGCCGUCCUGGCAGCCCAGGGCGGGGACGUUUUGGCUGCCAAGUCCUAUCUGAAUGCCGCCAAAGAUAUGAUGCCCGAUGCUGAGGAGGUGACAAGCAAUCUGCAAUUUAUGGAUCUGCAUUACAAACUGUAGUUGGAUCAAUUGUUAACAUCACGUUAUACUUUUAUUGUACGCGGUAGA